CGUAGCGAGUGUUCUGAGCCUCAUCAUAACUCAAUAUGGUUGAAAAAUCAUUAGUUUCUUCAGUAUUCGUUCUACUGGUUUUGGCUCUUAGUAUCUCAGAAAUCGCGAGUGAGUCUAAACCACCACCAAAAAUAUGUGAGAAGGGUAGCAAGAUGUACUCCGGGAACUGCUACAGCAAGCUGUGCGACGAAAAGUGCAAAGACUGGGAGAAGGCAAUCCAUGGAGCUUGUCAUAAGCGAGAGAACAAAAAUACUUGCUUCUGUUACUAUGACUGUGACAAGACGUCACCUCCUGCAAAAGAUGGAAAACCACCUCCUGGAAAAGAUGGAAAACCACCUCCUGCUGCUGGCGGAUCGCCCCCUCCUCCUUCGGAUGGCGGAUCGCCGCCUCCUCCAGCCGGUGGAUCCCCACCUCCUGCCAGUGGCGGAUCACCACCUCCUCCUACAGCCAAUUAGACGUAUCAGCAUAUAGCAUAUUAGCUCACCUGCAGGGUUAAGGUCUAAAUGGCGAAAGUUCCACAUCCUUGAAUGGUAAGCCAUCUAUAAUUAUAAUAUAAAUUAAAGAUAUAAUCUUCCUACUUUACAUAGCUAUCGUUUGAACAACUACGAAGUGUGCAGUUUGUAUCACCAAUAGCUUAUGAUAUGAUGCCCA